AUGGGAAAAAAUUCACGUUUAGAAACAUGGCUACAGUAUAGAGUUAGGGUUACUAUAAGUGAUACAAGAUAUUUUGUUGGUACCUUUCUUUCAUAUGAUAGGCAUAUGAAUAUAGUUUUAGUAGAUGCCGAAGAAUUUAGAAAAGUAAAAAGUCAGGAGAAUUCAAUGAAGGAGAUAAAACGUGUGGUUGGAUUAAUAUUAAUAAGAGGAGAAAACAUUGUUUCUUUUACAGCUGAACAAGCACCAAUAAAUAAAAAAUCUAUGAGUAAUGUUAUCAAUAAAGGUAUUGCAACGGGUCGAGGCAUACCAUUAAAUAAUUAUGUACCUAUGCAAAAUAAUUUUAAUAAUCCUCUAGGUAAUCCUAUGGGUACUAUGCCCACAGGUAUGGUAUUAAAUACAGGUGCAAAUAAAAAUUUAAAUCCAGCAAUUAAUCCAAAUAUAAGAUUACCAAAUAUGGGAAUAAAUAAUCAGAGACCUAUGAUGCCUCCAAUAAAUAUGCAAAUUAAUCAGAACGUACCAAAUAAUAAUACAAAUCAAGUAAGAGGAUUACCACCAGGUGCUCCACAAUUACCUUUCCCACCUAAUAUGAAUCCUCCAGCAGAAUAA